GAUUAGGGUUCUGAAAAUCUUAUUGGACCUAGAGCCUAAAACGGAUCCGACAUGAGAGAAUAACCAACGUUGAGGAAACGACGAAGAUUAGGAGGAGAACAACUUUGGUUGCAAGACAAAAGAGGGAAAAACAAGGCGUGAAGUUUGGUAUAAUCGGCGAAGAUGGAAGUGGAAGUAGACGAGAAAGACCUAAAAUCGGCGGGAGCCGAGCUUUUGAAAGAUGGAAGGCGCGGUUUACGUAUCCAUGGAUGGGAGAUCGAGUCCCUUAAGCGCUCUAUUCUCAAUUCCUCCACUCUCCAACAAUGGGAGCAAAAGCUCCAUACCUCUCACUUUCCGGAAAUGAUUUUCGGUGAAAGUUGUUUGGUCCUUAAACACCUCGGCAGCGGCACCAAAAUUCAUUUCAAUACAUUCGAUGCUUUGGCCGCUUGGAAACAGGAAGGUUUGCCUCCCGUUGAAGUUCCUGCCGCUGCUAAAUGGAAAUUCAGAAGUAAACCCUUCCAGCAGGUGAUAUUGGACUACGACUAUACGUUUACAACGCCUUAUUGUGGAAGUGAAACGGUUGAGCUGGAGCUGGAUUCAGACAAGCAUGGAAGUGGGGGAAUUUCUGGGGGGGACUCGGGCCUCCAUUGGGAAGAUUGCAAAGAGCAGCUUGAUAUGGCAGCACUCACAUUAAGGGAACCUAUUUUGUUCUAUGAUGAGGUAGUUUUAUAUGAAGAUGAAUUGGCUGAUAGUGGAGUGUCACUUCUAACUGUGAAAGUGAGAGUCAUGCCAAGUUCUUGGUUUCUACUCUUGCGAUUUUGGCUGCGAGUUGACGGAGUGCUAAUGAGAUUAAGGGACACUCGCAUGCAUUGUGUUUUUGACGAGAGUGCAAAUCCUGUCAUUCUUAGAGAAAGAUGUUGGAGGGAAGGAACAUUUGAAGCUUUGUCUGCUAAAGGAUAUCCUACUGAUUCUGCUUCAUAUAGUGAUCCAAGCAUCAUCAGCCAAAGGCUACCUGUCAUCAUGCAUCAGACCCAAAAGCUUGUAGUCCCUGGUAAUGUAAAUUGCCACGCGCAACAGAUUCAUUAGUUGAAUAUGUAGACAUUGCGAAUUUGAUCCAUUUAGGUGGAUUCAUAAGCAAAAAAAAUCAUGUUCAUGCACUUGAUGUACCAUUAACAAGCAAAAUUUAUGAUGUGAUUUUGAGUGUAAGCAAGAAUAAGAAUUCUCUAUCUAAUAUUUGUUUUAAGGUA